UCACUGAAACUCAGAAAUAUGUUGAAAAGAAAGUCAACUUGUACUUUCAUGGAGAGUUAAAUGGAGGAAAUGUGACAAGUUUGAGGUUGUCUUCCAUGUAAACUGUUCUGAAUUUUUUCAUGGUCUGCAUAAUCAAAUGGAUAAAGGCCAGGCUAUAGCAUUCUAUGUCACAAUCAGUUGCAUCGCUUUUGUCGUGUCGAAGAUCUUCAUAGCAUUGCUCCUUUACAAGCGCUGGAAAAGAAGACACAUAAUAUAUGAAGAUGGGAUAUCAGGUGGGAAGAUGGUCAUGUUCAAGUCUCCAGCAACAAAGUCCUUAAAAUCAGAUGCAUUCCUGAAGAAAACACUAAAACUAAACAACAAGGACAUCAUUGGCUCUGGAGGGCAUGGGAUUGUUUACAAACUUGCACUAAGUGAUUCUAUGAGAUUUGCUGUGAAAAGACUGAACAGAGGAAGUGCAGAAAGAGAUCAAGGAUUUGAGAGAGAAUUGGAGGCUAUGGGCGAUAUAAAACAUCGGAAUGUUGUGACGCUUUAUGGAUACUACACUGCUCCUCACUAUAAUCUUCUUGUAUAUGAGCUAAUGCCUAAUGGAAGUUUGUAUGCAUAUCUACAUGGAAAAUCAAAUGAGAAGGUUUUGGAUUGGUCAUCACGCUACAAAAUAGCGGUAGGUGCAGCGAGAGGAAUAUCAUACCUUCAUCACGACUGUAUCCCACACAUCAUACAUAGAGAUAUCAAGUCAAGCAACAUAUUGUUGGAUGAAAACAUGGACGCUCAAGUGUCUGACUUUGGAUUGGCGACGCUGAUGGAACCUGACAAGACUCAUGUAUCAACAAUUGUGGCAGGCACAUUUGGGUACUUGGCUCCAGAAUACUUUGAUACGGGUCGAGCAACGGUGAAAGGAGAUGUCUACAGCUUUGGUGUAGUACUUCUCGAGCUCUUAACAGGGAAAAAACCGACUGAUGAGGCGUUUAUGGAAGAGGGAACUAAACUUGUGACAUGGGUGAAAACAGUUGUUCAGGAGAAAAGGGAAGAAUAUGUACUUGACCGUCGUUUGGGCUGUUGUCCGGUUGAUGAGGUUAAUGUCGUAUUUAGCAUUGCAUUGAAGUGUCUUGAACCGGAACCCGCUCAGCGUCCAACAAUGGCAGAGGUUGUUAAAGUGCUUGAGCAGAUAAGGUCAAAUAGCAAUGUAACGGAUUCUUGACCAAUCCAGUUGCAACAGAAGCCUUCAAAGUAGGAGAAACAGGAGAGUCUCCGAAAAAAACAUCAAAAAGAGACGAAGUCACAUUAUUUGAUUCAAUUGUAGCAUCUAUUCCUGUUGGUGAGCCAUCUAUCGAGAUGCUAACCUGAAAUUCAUCAAUUCUCCGCAUCAGAAUAAACAGAACGAAACUUGCUCAAAUAUGAAACUAAGAGUGUCUAUGCAAUAUCAUUAUUGGCUGGAAAAGAAUAGAGAAUGUUGUUCAGUUAAAAUUCAAACAUACGAGCAUCUUUGGAGGUUCCAACCAAGUCAAGAAUAUGAAAGUUCCUUUCUUAAGAGAUCGUCCCUCAAAGAUGCUACGAAAGGUAGAUAAUGCAGAUUCAUCAUCCGGUGUUGGUGCUUUGAUUCUUGGAGAAAUGGCAUCAUCCAAGGCGUCCCAGAAAGUUUUUCCAUCGACGUCUCGGACAAGAACAAUCUGUAAAGAUUUUUCUGAACGAGCUGCCAUUAGAAGAUAAUAAACUUAUAGUUACUUACACAACCUUGAAGCCAUUGGAAAAAAUGGAAAAGGAGAUUAUCAUUCUCACUUUCCACAACUUCUAUAAUCAUACAGUUAUGUAUUUAUAUGUAUGGUUAUUACACUGAAAAAUUAUAUCAAACAAGGAAGAGUCCUCCUGAAUUGCAGCAGCUGAUCGUCCCCUCCAAGCAUUUAAUUCAUUUGAGACAGAUGAAUUGAUGUAUAGUCCUGCAGCAUAGACCUUAACACCAAUGAUUGCAAAUACUUUCUCUCUAUAACCUGAAAUAUUUGCAGCUUUAUGACGAUCAGGUUGAAGAAUAUUGUUCAGUUCAAAGUAUCAACAUUUUGGAUGUAUAAAAGUCAUAGGUAGCCUUAGGAUAAUAAAUAAUCAACUUCUUACAACGAACAAAAAUGUGCCUUUAACGAUGUUCGUUUAUCGUUUUGUUUGAUUCUAAAAAGAUGUAAAAAAUUGUCUCAUUUUAGAUGGCUGGAA